AUGAGUGGUUUUACAACUUUUCACGCCAUGAUCAGGUUGCGACCGCUGACGAUCCCAAUACGCAUAUUUAUUCGCAAUGUGUCACUCUCGUCCGGCUUUCGCCAUCAGAAGUACAAACGUCUAGAUUACCCGAAAGCUCCAACUCUUUUGAGAGACCCGCCUCCCGAGGUGCGGGCAGUGCCACAGACUCCCCCAGAGACGUUUUCAGUGAAGCGGCAGGGACGCAACAAGGCUGGACGCAAGCAGACAACCGAAAUGUACACGUUUGUGUCGCAGAAGGAUGCCUUGGAGUUUGAGCUGGCUCCCUCGGCAGUGUUGAGACAGACUAUCGAGAAGCGGCUUGCCAGUUUGAGUCAGGAACAGAGAGAACUCAAGGCUGAGAUGGAGACCCAGAUUGCGCGCGCCGGCGGCGUUUUUGCUGUGCGAAAGGGGCUGGUUCCUGGAAUUUAUUUGCAUUGGGAUAAGGUGGUCAGAGAGACUGGCAAGAUGAGCCAAAGUGAAUGGAAGAAGCUGGAGACGGUGCAAGAGGCCCAGGAGUGGAUGGGCAUGUACCACGUGUCUCCCGAGGAUGUGUGCUACGAUCCGUUUGCAUCUCGGAUCUCAUUCCUUGAGCACUUGCUAUCUGAUGAGGCGAAACUGGAGCCUGAAAAGAAGCGUUGGUUUGCUGUGAAGAAGGGCAGGCAACCAGGUGUGUACAGCAACUGGGAGGAGGCUGCUGACCAGGUUAUCGGAUACUCUGGAGCUGUGUACGCUUCUUUUUCUACCGACAAGCAGGCUUGCAAGUUUCUGGGAAUGUCCAAGAAGGAAUACUUUGAACAACUAAAGCAGGAUCCUACAGAGACUGACAAAGAAAUGAUACGACAGAAACGGCUAGCCGACGAGCAGCUUCAGGCCUAUAAGCGAGAGCGUGACCGCAUCAAGUUUAGCCAGUAUGCCGAGGCCAAGAUGUACAUUGCUCCGCCUGAUGGAGGCAGCCCCAAUCGCGUCAAGCAGCUGUUGACCAAGUGUCUGCAGAUACAGGCUGAGAUCAACAAAAUGGUGUCCCUGGACAAGAUGCGAAAGUUCCACAUGCAGGAUAUUUUUGACGAAUUGGAUCAGAUGACGGAGGAGGAGAAGCAGGAAUGUCUCGAAAGUCUUGAUAACUCGCAUCUGGUGGACGCCUACAACGUGUUUAAUAAUCCGGAGUAUUGGGACUUUUACCGCGAGUAUCUGUUGACCAAAGAGAACUAUUUGGGAUAUGAAUCUACUACUUGUAGUAAGGGCAGAGGCGACACAUUGUUCAAGAGUGAAUUCAGGGAAUGUGGAACGACAAAAUCGACGACGGAGGAAUUGGCGGCCACGGAGGUUUCCCAGUGGCGCCAGAAGAAUGAAACGUCGGUAGAGAACGAUACUGUUAAACUUGAUACUUCAUCCGAGGGCUUCUUUUCGUCCACGCAAGAGCUGUCCGAACGGACUGAAGAUACAGUUGACAAGAAGCUCACUCAGCGACAGAAACGGGAUUCAAAGAGAGCGACUUUGAAGGCUCUGGACAAGUCGAUUUCUGAGAAUAUCGCUGCUCCUGACGACGUCGCCAUUGGGAUUAAGGAGAAUGGAACUGUUAGAAACCAAGCCAAAAAGACGACCUUUGAAAACUGGCUUGACGGGUUCUCUGAAGCAGAGAAACAUAAACCAGCAUCUAAGAUUACGCUCACUGGCCAUUUCAAAAACGCGACUCCACAGAUGCGAAGGGAGAUGCUAAAGGCUCGACACGAGACAAAGAUGGAGCUCGUUGCUCGAACAGCAGAUCCCUCAACUACUGUGACUCUGGACAUGCUAGCAGGGCUCACAUGCAACUGUGGAGAGCCAGUCUUUGUGCGUAACCGAGACUCUAGCGCGGCAGCUCCUCUGAUACCUCGUCGACAGCUUUAUCUGUCUACUAACAGAUACAAGAAUCUUCAUGGAGAUUCAGGAUGGACCAACCACACCUUCAAGCACAAGCAGGCCGAUUUCGAUAUCAACACAACGUCCUUCAGAGACCAUCAUGACCACAAACUGCUGAGAGCGUUUGAAACGAACUGGAGAAUUAUGUUCAACUCCCUCUCCAAACAAUUGGGUCCUAUUGCAGCCAACCAUGCCGGAAGAUACGAUGAUGUGGAAGCAAAUGUGGUGUACACUGACGGAUCGCAUAAUGCCCUCCCUUCACCUCUUCUAUACAAUGCAGGAGCCGCAGGCUGGGGUGUCCACUUCGAAAAGGGGCUUAUGCCUGAUGCAUGUGGACGUGUUCCUGGCGAACAGACUCCUGGGCGAGCUGAAAUCCUGGCUAUGGUGAUGGCUAUCCGAAUCAUUUCCAGACACAUGACUUACCGGUCACAAAAAUGGGAGAUUCGUACAGACAGUCUGUGGACAUUGAGGCUUUUGGAGCAUGGCUGGGAGGGCCUGGAACCGACCGAGAGAAUGCGCUCGCAUCCAAACUACUACCUGAUUAAGCGUCUACGAGCGUUGCUGUACGAGAACCAAAACAUCUCACUCCGGUUCAUCAGGAGCCAACAUAUGCAUUCUGGAGCUCGCAUUGCAGACAAGCUGGCUAAGAAGGGAGCCCGGAAGAAGUAUUCAGAGACUGCAGAGCAGUACGGAACCGACGAUGAGGACAUUUUCAUUCAUGAUCCUGCGUUGUCAGCUUUCUUUCCAUCCGCAACGGUACCGUCUAACCUUAGAUCGAGUAUGUGGACGGAUAACAAGGAGUGA